UGAGAGCAAAGAAAACAAUAGCCACAUAUACACAUAUGCAUUCCAGCUGUUUCUUACUCCCACAUUCUCCUUUGUCCUUCUUAUCCUCCCGUUUUGAACAGAUACACUGUCUCCGUGACAGAAAAGAUUAGUAGCAGAUAUGCUGAGAAUUUAACACUGUUUUGUGAAAAACAGGAAUUGGAGUGUGAAAAUACUCAUUACAAUUUAAUGAGUAUUUGUGGGGGUGACUUAAAGUUGUGCUUGAAAGUCAUUAAACAAUUUUUACUUUUUCCUGCACGAACUGCCCCUGGCAACCAGGGCCAGUAACCCCAAGGAAAUGCAGAUAAAGCUUUCUGUUUCUUUUCCCUCCUGGCUUGGCUGUGUAGUCAGCUUUUUUCUUCAAAACUAGCAAGUCGGAGACAAGUUUCCUGUGCCUUACUCCUGGGGUGACGGUCCCAUCAGCAAAGGAUGGGGAAGACGAAAGAUGGCAGAGCUGGUGCACAUCCUUGAGAUGCAAAAUUGGCCAGAGCAUAGAGCCGCACACAGCAAUCUCUUUCUGCCUUGAUUCUCCAGUUGUAGAGCAGCAGUGUCGAUGGCUCUGCUAGGGCUUCUCAACUACCCCAAGGAGCUUGCUGCAACUCCCUCUAAUUUUUGCUAUUAAUAAAUGUUUCUUUUUGUUAAUGUAACUCUGAUUGGCAUUCCCAGGUGCUGGAUGAUAAAAAUAUGUUUGCAGUCUGAGUGAUAUAGAGGUGAAAGGAGAUUAUUCAGAAAACCGAAUGUCAAGGCUUGCACAAGAUGAGAAUUUCCAAAUGAUCCUGAGGUUGAGUUAAUGCAUCACAUGCCAAAUAACGUUCAAUUAAACAGGGAUACCUCGACUCCUGCAGUCUUUGGAAAAAGGUACCAGAUACACACAGGACUUCAGCAUUCAAUUAUAAGGCCUACCCAGCCCAACUGUUUACCUCUGGAUAAUGUGACACUACCUCAGAAGCUGAAGGAGGUUGGUUAUUCAACACACAUGGUUGGCAAGUGGCACUUGGGGUUUUAUCGCAAAGAAUGCAUGCCUACACAGAGAGGAUUUGAUACUUUUUUUGGCUCACUCUUAGGCAGCGGUGAUUAUUACACUCACUUCAAGUGUGACAGCCCUGGGAUAUGUGGCUAUGACCUGUAUGAGAACGACAAUGCAGCUUGGGAUCAUGACAAUGGCAUUUACUCAACGCAGAUGUACACACAAAAAGUACAACAAAUCUUAGCUUCUCAUAACCCCAGGAAACCUAUAUUCUUAUAUAUUGCUUACCAAGCUGUUCAUUCACCUCUUCAGGCACCAGGCAAGUAUUUUGAACAUUAUCGAUCAAUAAAUAACAUAAACAGGCGAAGAUAUGCUGCCAUGCUUGCUUGUUUGGAUGAAGCCAUAAACAACGUAACCCUUGCUUUAAAGAAGUAUGGUUACUAUGACAAUAGCAUUAUCAUAUACUCUUCAGAUAAUGGUGGACAGCCAAUGGCUGGGGGAAGUAACUGGCCUCUCAGAGGAAGCAAAGGGACCUAUUGGGAAGGAGGAAUCCGUGCUGUUGGUUUUGUCCAUAGCCCCCUUCUGAAAAACAAAGGGUCUGUGUGUAAGGAGCUUGUGCACAUCACAGACUGGUUCCCUACUUUGAUCACACUGGCAGAAGGGCAGAUUGAUGAAGAUAUCCAAUUGGAUGGCUAUGACAUAUGGGAAACCAUUAGCGAAGGCAGACGUUCUCCGAGGGUGGACAUCUUACACAAUAUUGACCCUAUUUAUACCAAAGCCAAAAAUGGGUCCUGGGCAGCAGGCUAUGGGAUCUGGAACACAGCAAUUCAAUCAGCCAUCAGGGUGAAUCAUUGGAAACUACUGACAGGAAAUCCAGGAUAUAGUGACUGGGUACCUCCACAGGCUUUUAGCAACGCAGGCCCCAAUCGGUGGCAUAACGAACGUGUUUCUUGGUCAGCUGGCAAAACAGUGUGGCUUUUCAACAUAACUGCUGAUCCAUAUGAACGAGUGGACCUUUCUGCAAGGUAUCCAGAUGUAGUGAAGGAGUUAUUGCGGAGACUUUCGCAGUUCAAUAAGACUGCAGUUCCUGUUCGAUACCCACCUAAGGACCCUCGGAGUAACCCAAAGCUUAAUGGAGGAGUCUGGGGUCCAUGGUUUAAGGAGGAUGAAAAGAAAAAGAAAUCGGAUAAAAAUAAAGGCGUGAACAAACAAAAGAAUAAGAACAAGAAAAAAGCAAAUCGAAAAAAAGGGCAGUCGUUACAUUGCCAUUCACGUCUUGCUGGUGGAUAGACUUGAGCACAUUCUUUUGCCAACUCUAAGUCAGCUUGGCCCAGCUUUCUUGAACUUGUGACAGAACAUACUAGAAAUGUCAGCUCUGCACUAUGGAUGAAAGCCGUCAUCUCUGUAUUUGUUCUCCAAUUUCACCAGGACAAGAUAUCUUGAGACUCUGCCUUGGGUUUAUGUAAACGUCCACAUGACCAACUUUCUCUUCUACAGGAUGAAUGGUGCUCACCCAUCAGAACCACAUUCCAGAUGACAACGGAGAUAACUCUGAACUUCAGUAAUCCCAUUUUUGAUGGACAAAUGGUGGGGUGAUUCCAUGCCUAGAUUAGUCAGAAUAUUUGGAGAGUGCGAAGAGGUUAAUGGCAGAUGUCCUCAAACAGACAGAUCAUUCAUUGGGAGAAAGGAAAGACAAAACUUGACAACCUCUGUUGGUCAGAGUGUUAGUUGCCAGGCUGUGACUUUUUUGAUACAGCAGAGCAAAAACAUGAAGCCAUCACAGUAACCUUUUUGGUGUGUGUGGGUGUGUGUAUGUGUGUGUUGAGGGAUGGGGGGGCUGAUAGGAGGAAAGCUGCUUUGAAUUAGACUAUGUCUGUCUUACAUAAAUCAGAUUUUUUUUUUUUUUGUAAUUCCCCAGAUGUGCUAAGCUCCCCUCACUUCCAGUAAAACCAGAAGGCUGUUAUUCAGCACACAGGAACAGCUAGCACAUGCCUUGUAUAAUUUAUUAUAGGCAUAGACAAAAGCACGUCACCAAAGUGAAUGUAAUAUUUAAACACUUUAAGAUGACUAUACUACAGUACGUAAAAGACAUAAUUUAUUUUACAGCACAAUACUUAGUUCUCUUCCAUUAAAACUUUAAUUGAUGGGUGAUGAAAGGCACCCCUUUGGGUGCUAGGAUAGGUCGUUUUCCUUUGAUUUUUAAUUUUCAACUGUAUCAUUUCAAAGAGUUUUAUGUAACGGUCCAAAUCCUCAGAGUACCGUAAAACAAGAAAAUACUAUAGACACUGAUAGGAUGAGCAAAGGAGAAUGAUUCAGGUACAUCAUUUCAUUGUGUAUUUGCUUCGAAUUAUUUUGAAUGUAACAAAGUGAUUAUUUAAUUUAGUAGUCACGUGUAUGUUGUUCAGUUUCUGUACAGAAGCUAGACCAUCUUUAGGCUUUGGGGGAAAAUUCUACUUUAAA